AAUUGAAAUCUAUCUCAAGUUUAGUUCUUGCUCCCUUAUUAGUAGACUCGAUUAUUACUCAUUUAAGCAUCGAAGUGUCUACCUUGAAAACCAACCUCGAGGCUUUGUAGGAGGGACGAGCUCUAAGUAGCCAAAGAUGUAUGUGAAGGAGGUUAAACACCAGAAUUGAGCUCAAAAGAGGAAGUUUGAUGAUGCAAACUGGAAGAACCAACCCAUAACAUUUACAUCGGCUAACCUCGAUGGUGUUCACACAUAAUGAUCCAUUGGUCACCUCAAUCAUUGUCAACAACUGUGAAGUUCAAAGUGUCCUCAUCGACAUCGGAAGUGCUCCUGACAUCAUGUACUACCACUAUUUUGAGAGUCUCGGUCUUGAUCUUGCCUUCCUACAAAAGUUGGAUAUAUGUAACCCCUUCAAUUUGGUUCUUGGUCAUGAAGAUGACAUCAUCCUUCAACAUUGUCAUCGGGAGACCUACCUUGACCAAAAUCCUAACUGUUGUCUCACAAUCCCGUUUAUGCAACCAAGAGAUAGCCAAGCACUGUUACAUGACAUCUAUCACUUGACCUUGGAAGGACAAGGAAGCAACUCAGCCACCAAAACCAAUUCAAUUAGAAACCCCAGGCUACGAGUCAUCAAGGAAGAGGUGAAGAAGCUUUUGCAAGUAGGAUUCGUAAGGCAGGUGCAUUACUGUGAAUGGGUCACCAAUCCUGUCUUAGUGAAGAAGUCAAAUGACAAAUGUAGGAUGUGCAUCGACUAUACUAAUCUUAAUGAUGCCUACCCAAAGGAUUGCUACCCCAUGUCGAGUAUAGACAAGCUAGUAGAAGCUGCAUCUGGAAAUGAAAGGUUGAGCCUAUUGGAUACUUACUCGGGGUACCACCAAGUUCACAUGGCACCUGAGGAUGAGGUCAAGACCUCCUUCUGUGCAGGGGAUGAGAUCUAUUGUUACGUGAUGAUGCCUUUUAGCCUUAAAGCAAAAGAUCAUUUGAUCAACUUGACCGAGACGUUUGACAACUUGAAAAAGCACACCAUGAGGUUAAACCCUGUGAAGUGGGUUUUCGAUGUUGAAUCAGGUAAAUUUUUGGGGUUCACGAUCUCUCAAAAGAGGAUAGAGGUCAAUCUCGAGAAGAUAAAGGUGAUUGAAGAAAUGGAACCUCCAAGGUCAGUCAAGGAUUUGCAACGCUUGACUGGGCGUGUUGUAGCCUUACAUAGAUACAACAAUAAGUUUUGUUCUGGUCCGAGAAGUAAGGAAACAACAGAAGUCGUAUAUUUCACCAUUAAGGUGCUACAAGGAGCUAAGCAGAGGUAUUCAGUGGUUGAGAAGGCAGCCUUAGCAGUUGUCACCUAUGCUCGGAAGUUAAGGCCAACUUCUAGUCCCAUCCAAUCAUUGUGCUCAUUGACCAACCCUUAUGACAAAUCUUACAGAAGCCUUAGCAAUUGUGGACCCUUUACAUAUGGGAUACCAAACCAGAUUAUUGCUGAUAAUGGUCCUCAGUUCAACUACACUUCCUUCAUGGACUUCUGUUUUAGCUAUGGGAUUAAGUUAGUGUUCACAUUAGUGUACCAUCCAGAGGCUAAUGGAAUGGAUGAAUCUAUUAAUAAAGGAAUCUUGGAGGGGAUUAAAUCGAGGUUGGAUGAAUUCAAGGCCAAGUGGGUAAAUGAGCUGAACAAUGUCCUCUGGGCAUACCAAACUACGAAUCAGACAACCACAGGGGAAACACUCUAUUACUUGGCUUUUUGGACCGAGGAAGUCAUUCCUGUCAAGAUCAAGGUGCCAAGCUUGAGAGUUAGUCAUUUUGAUGCAACCCUAAAUGAGCAACUACUAAGAGAAAACCUUGACUUUUUGGACAAAGUCCAUGAGCAAGCUCGACUUCAAACCCUCCUCAUCAACCACCACAAACUUGUACUCGUACCGAAGUGGGAAGAUAGUUCAUCUGGCCUCGUCUCACUCCCGUUUAAGUUUGACUUCGAGGCAAAACUCAGCUAUCUUGCUCUCCCUAUCCUCUUCUACCUUUUCCUCUUGAGUUUCGAAUGUAAUGCCCGUCAUGUCUACCUCAAGAUGUUAUGCCUUCACCUUCUUCCUAAAGUCGCUAAAGGCCAUGACCAGUGUAGGAAAGUGAUAGAGAUCCACGAUCUCGAAAAAUGUGGCUGAUUAAAUGAAGUUAGGGAUGUGCUGCUCCAUGGAGUUAUGGACCUCUAACUCCACUUACCUUCAAACCUCAGCUAGCUCAACAUUCUUUUUGGACAGCUCUUCUUCACAACCUUUUCUUUUCUGCUCAACUAGCUCGGCGUCCUUCCUAGCAUUUAUUAGCUUGUUCCUCAACUUUUCUAGCUCAAACGUAAAGCUAUAAAAGUUUUGCUCAGUU